AACAUUUCCCUCAUCCUCAUCUUCCCUCUAACACACAGUGCAUUGCCUCUCUGUGCUGUUAUGCUGCUGCAGAGCCUGAAGUCCGUCUGUAAUCCACCUGCGUGCUAUUGCAGCAGCAUCCCAGUGAGCGUGUCCUGACUGCACCCCAGGACAGAUGCCAAUUUCACAUUUCUCCCCAAAACAAAUAGCUACUUGCCUUUGUCUUUCCAUUGCAUCCAUUUAAACAUCGCUUUUUAUUGCGAUAGGUAGCUUUCUAAGUAGUAAAGUUGCCCACCAUGGACUCUAAGCGAGAUAAAGAGCAAGAUGCAGACUGCGAGAAGGUUACUCCUGUGCUGCUCAAGUCACGUACAGGGGAAUUUGAUUUGGAGUCAAUACUGUUUCUCAAAUUGAGAGGUCUUGGAAUACACGAUCUUGGAUGCAUUGGGGAGUGUAUGAGUUUAGAGAAACUGGACCUCUCUGGAAAUAACAUCUCAAAUUUAGCUCCUCUGGCAUCUCUUCGGCUUCUUUCUGUACUCGGUUUGUCUUCCAACCGGAUUUCCAAUUUGGAGCCCCUUCGCAAUUGUGAGGCUUUACAGCACUUAAACUUGGCUGGGAAUAUCAUAUCCAGCACUGAGAGCCUACACUGCCUUCAGCCUUUGAGAAAGCUAGAAAAUAUACGGCUUAAAGACAACACUUACAAUUACACGAACCCAGUGUGCAGGAACGCCGCAUACAGAAACCUAGUUCUUGAGAUGUUCCCCAACAUCAAGGUGCUGGAUGGAGAAAGAGUGGUCGGACGUGGGAGUGAGUUGUAUCAAUUAUGCAAAGACAUUGAUGAUACCAUCAAAGCUGGCUUAUACAAGAACGGACAGCUUGUUGAGCAUCAUGAUUGCAAACCAUGGGUGGAGGAUAAUUACUGGGAGAUAAAGAGAUCAAACAAUGCCAUUAUUGAAGAAGCCUACAAACAGUUUAACGAUGUACUUCAUGAAUGCAGACUCCUCAACAACAGAGCCACUCAUGUCAUUUCGCAAACUGAAAGAUCUAUGAGCCUGAAGAAGCAGCCAAAGCAGUAUGCUAUCUGAGCUAUUUUUUUAACACAUUUGUGCGCAAGUUUUAUGUUGUAUGAUAUACCGUGGCUAAUGUACUGUAGGUUUUUCAAAUUACUAAGCUCUAUCCAAAUGCUUGAUCAGUGUCAUUGCCAGACACACAUGCUUCGUGUUGCAGUGUGAGGCGUUCGUUGAAAUUCUAUCUCAUCCUAUGCAUUGGGUAUCGGACGAUACAUGUAAGUGGUUUGAAAACCUUUAUCCAUACUGACACCCCUCAGUUUGGUUCAAAGAUGUAUUUACUUGCACAGUGUGCAUUUUGUACCAUGCUGUAGCCUGCAUUUAUCCUGACAGAUAUGCUGCUUAAGAAUUUCUAUAAGUUUUAAGUAAUCAAGAGCUUUUUUCCAUUUUUGCAUUGCUGGAUAAUUUUGGGAGUUAAUGUGUCCCAUGCUGUAUGCUUUCUUUGUAGGUUGAACUUUUGCAAAAAGUGAUUGAAUGAUUGUUUCAGCUGUUUCUACUUGUUUUAUACCAUAAAGUUUAUUAUGUGUACAAUCA